AGAAUAUCUGAAAUUCGCUGUGUUAAGAAAACGUGCUCGGUGAUCGUAAGAGUGUUUGACAACCUGGAAGCUAUCUCGCUCUUGACCUCUAUUUCUCAACACACCCCCUCGUCAGUAGCCAUCUGAGACGGCAGAAAGGUUGAGGAUAAGAUGGAUGCGGACGAAGCAAGAGUCCAUCGAGAGUGAUAUGCUUCAAAUGUGUAGCAGAGCUACGCGGCAUCCGCAAUGUUCGCGAAAUACCGAAUCUAGAUUUGUGACAGAAAAGGUUACGGUCAGAUGAUUUGGUCUCUGAAGCCGCCACCUGUGGCGCCAAGGUAUGGCGUGUACGACCCUGAACUGCGGCUUCUGGUUGCGCUGUCACAUGCGGCGACUCGUUGCGCGGGCACAUGUGGCGACUUCUGACUGCGCUGGCACACGUGGCGACUCGUUGCGCGGGCACGUGUGGCGACUUUUGCCAUUUUUGCACCAUGGCGGGGUGGCUUGUUGCGCUCGGUUCAGGAUCGGAUCGUCGGUGAUCGUACCAUGGCGCCAACGAUGGCGGCUUCAUUAUUGCGCCGUGGCGGCGGCUUUCCGCGUGCUUGAUCGUGUACCCGGGGUCUGCAUCGGCUCAACGCAGCUGUGGAAACGUGAGGGAGGUGCUGUGGCUCUCGAUCUGAGCGCACGCACGAAGUCCCUUAUCCUGUUGAAAUGUGGUCGUCUUAUCCGAUCGGGGUCUCGAAGACAGCGGGACACGAGGAAUGCCACGAAUGAUGAGGCGCCCCCUUGUCGCGCUGCCAGAGAGGAUGGAUGAGAGUGAAGACCACGAGAGCACCCGGGUACACGAUGAAGCACCGCGAGGGAGUCUCCGAAGAUCGGCGAUCGAAAUUCUUCGAAGGUCUCCGAAGGUCCGUCUUUUGAGGAGAAGACGGGAAACCGACUCUCACGCCGAUGGCAGCACGCCGCGAUGGCACCCUUGUGAUGCUGCGGAAAGAUACUAGAGGCGAGGGUGCUGCGCCCCUGGAUCAAGCGUGGUGGCUCAUAACCUGUUAAGAAAACGUGCUCGGUGA